UUAUGAGAAGAAAGCAUCUGUUAAAUUUACGCGUCACAUCGAUCGCUUAAUCAUAAACCAUUUCGAGGAAAACAAUUACUAAAUUAUAAGUGUUUGUGCAUCUUAUUAUAAUUUAUAACUUUUAACGUUAGUUUUACGAUAAAAUUUGUAGAAGGAAUAUUCAAUCAAUCGAUCGAAAGAAGGGAGAGUGAAUGGAGCGUUCCCGACUUUUUCGCAUUCAUAUGCAUCUCGACGCUCGAAGAGAUGAUUCGCGCGAAGAAUCGAUACUUUAGUCUUAAUCGUAUUUUCUUGCUCAUGCUUGGCUUGUGGCCUUAUGAACAAUCCAAACUCGUUUGGUUGCAAUUAAUUUUGCAUUCUGGUAUUUUGGGAAGCUUUAUCAUAUUUCAGUUUACAACAUUUGCGACCUCAAAAUGCGAUCUACAAUUAGUUAUUGAAAUUCUUUCUAUCACAUCAUUUUUUUUUAAUUUUGUGAUAGUAUAUCUCUCGUUUUGCUUCAAUAUGGAUGUUGUAAAACAUUUACUAGAACUACUUCAGCAUACCUAUGACGAGCUAAAAGAUGAAGAUGAAAUUGCCAUUAUAGAAAACUAUUGGAAUAUUGCAAAACGUUAUACUGAAGUACUUACGCGUAAGAUAAUCUCUCAUUUCUUGUUGUGGAAAAAUAUAUGGAUUUUACUUAAUUUCAAUUAUUAUUUUUCAUAUUAUUCUUUAGUGCUUAUUGUCCUCUGCGUGAGUUUUUUUAUCUUUUCUCCAUUUUUACCGUACAUUUUUGACGUUGUGUUUUCUACAAACGAAUCUUGGCCGCAUCCAUCACUACAGAUUGUCACAGAAUACUUCAUCGAUGAAGAUAGAUAUUUCUAUUUAAUUAUAUUGCAUGCGGAUACAGCGUUUUUUAUAGGAGCGCUUGCAAUGUUAGGGACGGGAACUUUUUUAAUAAUGUAUAUUCAACACGUUUGCGGAAUGUUAAAAAUUGCCAGUUAUCGUAUCGAGCGAGUUAUGACAAUUAGUAUUCAACGAAUGAGUGGCGUGAGAAAUACUAAUUUGAUUCAUAAAAGCAUAAUUUGUGCCAUAGAUAUGCAUCGAAAAGCCUUAAAGUUGGUAUCCAUUGAGCAUAUAUUACAUAUGAUACAUCGUAAUAUAAAAAAUUUAUAUCAAGUAAUGUAUCAAGAAAUAUUAUCUGGAUGUAUUAGCGAGAAAUUGAUACAGUCUGUUUUAAUUAUGAAUAUGUAUUAUACAUAUACAUUUCUUGCAAAUCAUAUGGCGCAACAAGUUAUGGAUCAUAACAAUAAUGUCUUUGCUACAGUGUACAACAUUCAAUGGUAUACAGCUCCCUUACAAGUACAAAAGGUAAUAUUGUUCUUAUUACAAAGAGGCUCUAAAACUUUGAAGAUAAUGAUUGGUGGAAUGUUUAUGGGCUCUUUAGAAGGCUUUGCCACGGUAAAGAUUAUAUAAAAAUUUGUUUGAUAGCAACAUAUUUCAAACAUUUGAAGACGACAUCUUUCAUUACAGUUGGCCAGCGCUUCAAUGUCUUAUUUCACAUUUAUUUAUUAUACGAGUCAACAACGUCUCGAUCAGUAGCACUGCUAUAUAAUCUUUAGACAGACUAGAUAUAGAGUUUUAGUAAUAAAGUUGCAGUAUAUUGAAC